AUGCCAAACACAGAGUCCCUCAUACUGAUGGGCGAAUUUAAUGCGCACGUCGGAGUAGACGCAGAAAAGUGGAAUGGCGUGAUUGGGAAAGACGGCCCUAGCGACCUCAACAAUAAUGGCAUGAAGUUGUUGCGUGAUGACCGCGGUGGUCAUGAUAGUGGGGAUUAUGGUCUUGACAUGACCAUACUCAUCCACAUCUUCACGAUCGGCAAUAUAAUAAACAUGUUCAUUAUUAUGUCCAUAAUCGUGCAGAAGAAAAUGAACUCUUUUUCGUUUCCGUUCAUUUACUGGUCCCAGACGAAGGAAUUUGUAGCGAUACGCGUGGACGUGUGCGAUGCGAGAGGCGUGGAAGUGAAAUUUACGAACGAAUCGGUGGAGUUUACUUCUUCCGGCAAUGGCGAAAAUGAAAAUCAUCGAUAUCAUUUUAACAUCAAAUUGUACGACAGCGUAGAUGAUGAUAAGCAAAGAAUUGACGAAAUGAUUGACAAACUUGGCCUUGAUCGCGAUUCUGGCAAAAGUUACUAUGAAAAAGGAAUAUCAAGUAGAAAAUAUUACCUCAUGACGUAUAACAAUGCUAUGUUUAUCGGUUACUUUAUCAUUUUCAUUCGGCUGAUAAUCGGAAUACUGAACAAAGGAAAAGACUUUCUUCCGGAGGUAUGGCGGGAUGUUGGCUUUUGUAUGAUAUGCUGUCAGCUUGGCCAGUUCCUUGAAAUAGGCCACGCUCUUCUUGGCUACGUCAGAUCUUCUUGGUUUGCCACUUCGUUACAGGUGCGCUUCUGCUUUAUGCGUGAUUAA